GUGGGGCUGGGGGUGGUCUCCCUUCCAACGUCCAUGUGUCUGUCCGCAGGGAAGUCCCACCUGGCCAUCGUGCAGAAGGUGAACAACGAGGGCGAGGGAGACCCCUUCUAUGAGGUGCUGGGGCUGGUGACGCUGGAGGACGUCAUCGAGGAGAUCAUCAAGUCAGAGAUCCUGGACGAGUCGGAUACCUACACCGACAACCGCAGCAAGAAGCGGGUGGGCAACCAGAAGAACAAGCGGGACUUCUCGGCCUUCAAGGACCCCGUCAAUGAGCUGAAGGUGAAGGUCUCCCCGCAGCUGCUGCUGGCCGCUCACCGCUUCCUCUCCACGGGUACCCGGGCGCGGGGUGGCAUUGCCAAGGUCCCUUGGGGCAAGGUGGAGGUGGAGGCCGGCAACGAAUGCAUGAAGUUUGAAGCGGGAGCUUUCUCCUAUUAUGGGGUGAUGGCCCUCAGCCCCUCGCCCGUAUCCGAGCCUGAGGGACUGGGCUCUCCCUGCCGGGCACAUGUUGGCAUCACGGGGGGCUCAGCACCUGGUAACCGGCAGGCAGAGCGUGGUGUAGGACCCUCCCCGGACAGCAGCAACAACCAACUCAACGCCGGAACCGGCGCCCAGUACGUGGCCGACUUCAGCGUCCGCGCUCUCACCGACCUCCAGUUCGUCAAGAUCACGCGGCAGGAAUACCAGAACGGCCUGAUGGCGUCCCGCAUGGACAGUUGUCCCCAAUCCCCCGACAGCAACGCCCCCAAACCGGACGCCGGUUUACCGGAGAAACCGGAACCUUCCGCCACUGCCGACGAGACCACCAGUCUCCUGAACGAGAGGAACUGCCUGAGCCGCCGGAGCAACCACAGCCCCCUGGAAAACUCCAUCUGACCCCGGCCCCGCCGGCACGCACCGGGAGGGACCUCGCGUGCCCGUUUUCGGGACCCUUUCCCCAGUAGGAAACGCUCAGCAUCUCCUCGAUGAUGCCACGCCGGGUGCUGCGGUUGCCGGAGAAGCCCGGUUUGAGCUGGAGGAGGUGGCAGCGGCGGCGUGGUGGGAAACGGAGCUGGGAUUUGCUGCUGCUUUUCCAGACUGGCUUAUUUUUAAUUAAAUUAAUUUAAACGGAAGGCUGUGGAGGUGGGACGACGCUCCC